GAAGCCAUAUAAAUGGAUUGCAGAAAGGUGUUCCAUGAAAGUGUAAGUCUUGUUAAACGUCAAAGCACCCACACAGGUGAGAAACCAUAUAAAUGUAUAGAAUAUGGAAAGUCAUUCAGUGAUCGUGAAAUUCUUACUCAACACCAAGGAACCCACACUGGGGAUAAGUCAUAUGAAUGCUUGGAAUGUGGAAAGACAUUCAGUGAUGGCGGAAGUCUUACUCAACAUCAAAGAACCCACAGAGGUGAGAAGCCAUAUGAAUGCAAGGACUGUGGGAAGAUAUUCACUCGAGCAAGAAGUCUUACUGAACAUGAAAGGAUCCACACUGAAAACAAGCCAUAUAAAUGUAUGGAAUACGGAAGGAGCUUCAGUUUUAACAGAAGUCUUACUCGACACAGAAGAAUCCACACAGGGGAGAAACCAUAUAAAUGUAGGGAAUGUGGAAAGACAUUCAGUCAAAGUGGAAAUCUUGCUAGUCAUCAAAGAACCCACACAGGGGAGAAGCCAUAUGAAUGCAUGGAAUGUGGAAAGACAUUCAGUGUUCAUGGACAUCUUGUUGCACAUCACAGAACCCACACUGGGGAGAAGCCAUAUGAAUGCAUGGAAUGUGGAAAGACAUUCAGUCAAAGUGGAAUUCCUACUAACCAUCAAAGAAUCCACACUGGGGAGAAGCCAUAUGAAUGCAUGGAAUGUGGAAAGACAUUCCGUAAUAGUGGUAAUCUUAUUUACCAUAAAAGAACCCACACAGGGGAGAAGCCAUAUAAAUGCAUGGAAUGUGGAAAGACAUUCAGUCGAAGUGAAAUUCUUGCUAGGCAUCAAAGAACCCACACUGGGGAGAACCUAUAUGAAUGCAUAGAAUGUGGAAAGACAUUCGGUCGAAGUGAAAUUCUUGCUAGGCAUCAAAGAACCCACACUGGGGAGAAGCCAUAUGAAUGCUUGGAAUGUGGAAAGACAUUCAGUAAUGGUGGUAAUCUUAUUGAGCAUAAAAGAACCCACAUAGGGGAGAAGCCAUAUAAAUGCAUGGAAUGUGGAAAGACAUUCAGUCGAAGUGGAGUUCUUACUAUCCAUCAAAGAACCCACACAGGGGAGAAGCCAUACGAAUGCUUGGAAUGUGGAAAGACUUUCAGUGAUGGUGGAACUUGUGCACGACAUCUAAGAACCCACACAGGGGAGAAACCAUAUAAAUGUAUGGAAUGUGGAAAGACAUUCACUCAAAGUGGAAUUCUUGCUAACCAUCAAAGAACCCACACUGGGGAGAAGCCAUAUGAAUGCAUGGAAUGUGGAAAGAUAUUCCGUAAUAGUGGUAAUCUUAUUGAGCAUAAAAGAAUCCACACAGGGGAUAAGCCAUAUAAAUGCAUGGAAUGUGGAAAGACAUUCAGUCGAAGUGGAAAUCUUGCUGUUCAUCAAAGAACCCACACAGGGGAGAAGCCAUAUGAAUGCAUGGAAUGUGGCAAGACAUUCAGUCAAAGUGGAAUUCUUGCUAACCAUCAAAGAACCCACACUGGGGAGAAGCCAUAUGAAUGCAUGGAAUGUGGAAAGAUAUUCCGUAACAGUGGUAAUCUUAUUUACCAUAAAAGAACCCACACAGGGGAGAAGCCAUAUAAAUGCAUGGAAUGUGGAAAGACAUUCAGUCAAAGUGGAAAUCUUGCUAUUCAUCAGAGAACCCACACUGGAGAGAAGCCAUAUGAAUGCAUGGACUGUGGAAAGAUAUUCAGUCGAAGUGGAAAUCUUGCUAUUCAUCAAAGAACACACACAGGGGAAAAGCCAUAUGAAUGCAUGGAAUGUGGAAAGACAUUCAAUCGAAGUGGAAAUCUUGCUAAUCAUCAGAGAACCCACACUGGGGAGAAGCCAUAUGAAUGCAUGGAAUGUGGAAAGAUAUUCCGUAAUAGUGGUAAUCUUAUUGAGCAUAAAAGAAUCCACACAGGGGAUAAGCCAUAUAAAUGCAUGGAAUGUGGAAAGACAUUCAGACAAAGUGGAAAUCUUGCUGUUCAUCAAAGAACCCACACAGGGGAGAAGCCAUAUGAAUGCAUGGAAUGUGGCAAGACAUUCAGUCAAAGUGGAAUUCUUGCUAACCAUCAAAGAACCCACACUGGGGAGAAGCCAUAUGAAUGCAUGGAAUGUGGAAAGAUAUUCCGUAACAGUGGUAAUCUUAUUUACCAUAAAAGAACCCACACAGGGGAGAAGCCAUAUAAAUGCAUGGAAUGUGGAAAGACAUUCAGUCGAAGUGGAAAUCUUGCUAUUCAUCAGAGAACCCACACUGGAGAGAAGCCAUAUGAAUGCAUGGACUGUGGAAAGAUAUUCGGUCGAAGUGGAAAUCUUGCUACUCAUCAAAGAACACACACAGGGGAGAAGCCAUAUGAAUGCAUGGAAUGUGGAAAGACAUUCAAUCGAAGUGGAAAUCUUGCUAGUCAUCAGAGAACCCACACUGGGGAGAAGCCAUAUGAAUGCUUGGAAUGUGGAAAGACAUUCAGUAAUGGUGGGACGUGUGCACGACAUCAAAGAACCUACACAGGGGAGAAGCCAUAUGAAUGCAUGGAAUGUGGAAAGACAUUCAGACAAAACGGAAAUCUUGCUAUUCAUCAAAGAACCCACACAGGGGAGAAACCAUAUGAAUGCACGGAAUGUGGAAAGAUAUUCCGUAAUAGUAGUAAUCUUAUUGAGCAUAAAAGAACCCACACAGGGGAGAAGCCAUAUAAAUGCAUGGAAUGUGGAAAGAUAUUCAGUCGAAGUGAAAUUCUUGCUAGGCAUCAAAGAACCCACACUGGGGAGAAGCCAUAUGAAUGCAUGGAAUGUGGAAAGACAUUCAGUCAAAGUGGAAUUCUUACUAACCAUCAAAGAACCCACACUGGGGAGAACCCAUAUGAAUGCGUGGAAUGUGGAAAGACAUUCACUCAAAGUGGAAGUCUUCCUAAACAUGAAAGGACCCAUACAGGGAGAAGCCAUAUGAAUGCAUGAAAAGUUGAAUGAGCUUCAGUGGAAGCGGAAAUCUUACUAAAUAUCAAAGAGCUUACAUAUGGGAGAAAACAUAUGAAUGUUUCAAAUAAGCUUCAAUGAUAGGAGAUGGAUUAAGAAUCACCAAAGUACUCUUGGAGGAAUGGAAUCAUUUAAAUUUAGAUACUUUGGAAACAGUUGCAACAGCAUUAGACAUCUUAAUGUACUUCAGAGAACCCACGCAGGAGAACUGGUAUAAUAUAUGGACUGUAGAAUGUUCACCAGCAAAACAG